UCCCUUCCAGGAACAAGAGCAGCACCUGCAGCGCAGGUCUCAGUGUCCCCAGCAAGGAGGAAGAGGGGGACACCGAACACCGACAACCCCUGGACAGGGAGGAGGGGGACACCGUGCAUCCCGGGACAGGGUUCUUUUACAACUCAAAGAAAUGGCUUAACCCGACAUGCAUGAGCCUCUACCCCGCUGUGCCGCACUUUCCUUUAAACUUUUCAAGUCUGGCAGGCAAUGUCACAGCAUGAGCUGCAGAGGAAUGGAGGUCACCACUGCCAAGUCACCUCAUGGUCUAACAUGAAUAAAGAGUUACCAGAAAACAUCAGGAACUUGGGUUUUGUUGAGGUCCACGACAUCGGUGCUGAGGGUGAUAUUCAUAGUCUUGGCAAAUCGAGCCGCAAGAAUUCUCAGCCGUUUCCCUUCACGGAUUUCAGCAGCGGUCAGUUUACCUCAGCCAUUGAGAGCAACAGUGUGACGUCUUUGGACUCUGGUAUUCCAACGCUUGAGAUCGGCAACCCGGAGACUGUCCAUUGUGGGAUCAGAUCGAACUGUCUAAAUGGUGCUGCUGGAGAGGACCGGGUCUUUCAGAGCUCUAAGAGCAUUCCUGGUGGCGGCGGCGGUACUCCAUCUCUAAGGAACUCUGAAAGUGACCAUGUUAUCUGGAAAUCCUCUACCUUUCCCAGAUCGGGAUAUGACACGGCAAAACUCUACAGCCCGACCUCUCUUAACAGGAGCGAUGACAUCUCUGACUGUAGCGUCUCCAGCCUCAGCACUGACUUUUCCACCACAUUAUCUGUGAGCAAUGAGGACAUUGUGGACUACUUGGUGACAAGCCACUCGAGCGCAAUCGUCAACUUGGAGAAUGAUGAAACCCAUUUUUCAGAUGUGACCCUGAGCUCUACAAAAGACGCCACUGAUCCCAAGGGAUUCGCACAGGAGGCAGAACCUGACAGCAAGAUAAAAAUACUUAGUAACUUCUUUAACCGAAAUAUAUUUUCCAGAAGAAAAAGCAUCCAGACGGAAAAAACAAACGACCUUGGCUGGAAGAUUUUUGGUAAAGUCCCUCCUCGUGACACCCAGCAGAGCAAUCCAAGCAAAGUACAAAAGGAAUAUGAAGAGAAAGGACGAGCUUCAAAGUCUCCUUCUCCGAAGCAGAAUGUGAGGAAAAGCUUGGUGUUUGAGCCACUGUCCACCACAGCUCUGAUACUGGAAGACCGGCCAGCAAACCUUCCAGCCAAACCAGCAGAGGAAGCCCAGAAGCACCGACAGGAGUAUGAGGAGAUGGUGGCCCAAGCCAAAAGACGAGAAUUCAAAGAGGCCCAGAGGAGGAAGAAACAACUGCAAGAGCGAUGCAAGCUGGAAGAGAGUAUUGGAAGUGCAGCUUUAACAUGGAACACGGAAAUUUUACCCAACUGGGAAACCAUGUGCUCUUCCCGGAAAGUUCGAGAAAUGUGGUGGCAGGGAAUACCACCCAGUGUCAGAGGGAGAGUCUGGAGUCUGGCAAUUGGCAAUGAGUUAAACAUUACCCAUGAGCUGUAUGAUAUUUGCUUAUCUCGGGCCAGAGACCGAUGGAAAUUCCUGAGCAUGGGGGGCUCUGAAGUGGAGAAUGAAGACUCAGGUUUGUCUGCAGCUGACCGCGAAGCCAGCUUGGAGCUCAUAAAACUGGAUAUUUCUCGGACGUUCCCAAAUCUUUGCAUUUUCCAGAAGGGUGGUCCUUACCAUGACAUGCUGCACAGUAUUUUAGGCGCCUACACUUGUUACAGACCCGAUGUCGGUUAUGUACAGGGCAUGUCUUUUAUAGCUGCUGUUUUGAUCCUGAACCUAGAUACUGCUGAUGCCUUUAUCGCUUUCGCAAACCUCCUAAAUAAACCCUGUCAGAUGGCAUUUUUCAGAGUGGACCAUGGCCUUAUGUUGACCUACUUUGCAGCAUUUGAAGUAUUUUUUGAAGAAAAUUUGCCUAGGUUAUUUGCGCACUUCAAGAAAAACAAUCUGACGCCAGAUCUCUACCUAAUAGACUGGAUUUUUACCCUGUACAGUAAGUCUCUACAACUGGAUUUAGCGUGCCGAGUGUGGGAUGUUUUCUGCCGGGACGGAGAAGAGUUUCUGUUCAGGACUGCACUGGGAAUACUGAAACUAUUUGAAGACAUUUUGACAAGGAUGGACUUCAUUCUUAUUGCCCAGUUUCUAACCAAACUCCCGGAGGACUUGACCCCCGAUGACCUGUUCGCCUCUAUCGCCUCAAUUCAGAUGCAGAGCCGCAAUAAGAAAUGGUCACAGAUUCUGUCGGCAUUGCAGAAAGAUAAUCGUGAUAUGGAGAACAGAAGUCCCGCACUCAAGCGCUAAACAUAAUCUCAGGAUGGAGAAGUGUUUUCAGAAAUAUGGUGGAUUUUGUUUUCAAUGGGAAGAUAACAAUUCCAUUUCAGGACUGUAUAAUACACUGGAAUUGGCCUUAAUAUGUUACUGGUUACCUGCAUACUGAAGAGGCAGCUGAGCACUGGUUCAUAAACAUGCAGGCUAUCAACCAGCUAGGGACUAAUCACUAGAUUCUAGUCAGCUGAUAGGCGAGUAUUGAUUUGUAACGAGCAUGACGGGUACAUGCUGACCAACUAUUUUCCAUAAAUAUUCCAUGAGCUUUCUAGAAGGACCAUGGUUGGCAAAUAUUGCCUUGAAUCCAUGAAGCCACACUUCAGCUUUUUUAUAGUCAUGUAAAUGGGUAUGUGUGUGAUUUAUUUUUCUCUUUUCUGCUGUAGAACAAAUGGGCAUGAUAAGAAUUUUGCACAUGGACCAUGACUUUUAGUAGGGCAGCUAAUGAAUUAAAGGGUUAGGCAGCCCAAAGCUAAUAUUUCAGUUUUGGGUGGAUGCCGAUUGGCUCUGAACUCUUACUCUGACCUGGCAUUCAGUGUCGGCCCACAAGUCAUCCGAUUGUUUUUUUCCUUUAUUUGACUUCAUAUGGAAAGUCUAAAGAGACUGGAUCUCCCUGCUUGAAUUUGCAGUGCUUGCGGCAAAGAUCAGAGCAUGGAACAGCAGGGACAGAAAACAAAUGAGGUCAGCCUGCUGACAUCCAUGUUGGCUUUGGUUGUACUGACCCUCUAAAGGAAAACUGUAGCUUUUUUUUAUGAGAAAUCAUUUUGUGACAAUAAAGCAUUUUCUAUAUGG